CCACGCUCGUGCAUCUUAGAGAGGAGAGUUAGGAUGACUUCAUGACAAGUUCCAUCUCCCAGCCUUUCCCUGCUAGAUUCUGUCUUCAGCAUUCAACAGUCAGGGGAGGAGGACGUCAUACUAGCAUAUUUUUUUUCAAGCAAUAUACAUCAGCUACAUGGAAGCAGGAAACCAAACAGAAUUUUUAGAGUUUAUCCUUCUUGGACUCUCUGAGGAUCCAGAACUGCAGCCUUUCAUAUUUGGGCUGUUCCUGUCCAUGUACCUGGUCACGGUGCUGGGAAACCUACUCAUCAUCCUGGCCAUCAGCUCUGACUCCCACCUCCACACCCCCAUGUACUUCUUCCUCUCCAACCUGUCCUGGGUUGACAUCUGUUUCAGCACUUGCAUUGUCCCCAAGAUGCUGGUGAACAUCCAGACCGAGAACAAAGCCAUCUCCUUCAUGGACUGCCUCACACAGGUCUAUUUCUCCAUGCUUUUUCCUAUUCUGGACACGCUACUCCUGACCGUGAUGGCCUAUGACCGGUUUGUGGCCAUCUGCCACCCUCUGCACUACAUGAUCAUCAUGAACCCCCGCCUCUGUGGCCUCCUGAUUUUUGUCAUCUGGCUCAUUGGUGUCAUGACAUCCCUCCUCCAUAUUUCUCUGAUGAUGCAUCUAAUCUUCUGUAAAGAUUUUGAAAUUCCACAUUUUUUCUGCGAACUGACACACAUCCUCCAGCUGGCCUGCUCUGAUACCUUCCUGAACAGCACGUUGAUAUACUUUAUGACAGGUGUGCUGGGCGUUUUUCCCCUCCUUGGGAUCAUUUUCUCUUAUUCACGAAUUGCUUCAUCCAUAAGGAAGAUGUCCUCAUCUGGGGGAAAACAAAAAGCACUUUCCACCUGUGGGUCUCACCUCUCCGUUGUUUCUUUAUUUUAUGGGACAGGCAUUGGGGUCCACUUCACUUCUGCGGUGACUCACGCUUCCCAGAAAAUCUCCGUGGCCUCGGUGAUGUACACUGUGGUCACCCCCAUGUUGAACCCCUUCAUCUACAGCCUGAGGAACAAGGAUGUGAAGAGAGCCCUGGGGAGACUCCUCAGCAGGGCAACCUCUUGUUUGUGAUGGAUCCCUUGGCCCCAGGACUAAGAUGUUUUGUGAGAACCAAUGGCAAAAAUGUUUUAUUUUGAAAUUCUUACUCUUUAAAAUUAAAAAAAAAAUUUAUACUUUGAGAGUACAAAUGCAGAUUUCUUAACAUGCAUUUGCAUAAGGGUGAAGUCUGAGCUUUUGGCGUACCAAUUACCUGAAUAGUGAACAUAAUGCAAAUUUUUUUUUUUUUUUUUGAGACGGAGUCUCACUCUGUCUCCCAGGCUGGAGUGCAGUGGAGUGAUCUCGGCUCACUGCAACUUCCAUCUCCCGGGUUCAAGCGAUUCUUCUGCCUCAGCCUCCUGAGUAGCUGAGAUUACAGGUGUGUGCCACCACAUGCCUUUUAGUAGAGAUGGGGUUUCACCAUAUUGGCCAGGCUGGUGUUGAAUUCCUGACCUUGUGAUCCACCUGCCUUGGCCUCCCAAAGUGCUGGGAUUACAGGCGUGAGCCACCACGCCCGGCCAAGGCAAUUUUUAAACUCUCACUCGCCUCUCACCUUUUGCAGUCUCCAGUGUCCAUUAUUCUGUUAUAAUGCCCAUGCGUAUACAUUGUCUAGCUCCCAAUUAUAAGUGAGAUCAUGUAGCAUUUGACUUUGUUUCUUUACUACCUUACUUAAGAGAAUGGCUUCGAGUCCCAUUGAUGCUGCAAAAGACAUGAUUUCAUCCUUUUUUAUGGCUGAGUAGUACUCCAUUGUAUAUAUCCUAGAUAUCUAUAUAGAUAUAGAUAUAUAUAGAUACAUACCAUGUUUUCUUUUUUAAAAAAAUUUAUUUUUAUGUUAUUAGUUUUUGGGGUACAUGUGGUUUUUCGUUACAUGGAUAAGUUCUUUAGUGGUGACUUCUGAGUUUGUAGUGUACCUGUCACCCAAAUGGUAGUAGUCUCUUAUUCCUCACCCCCCUCCCAACCUUUCUCCCUUCAAGUCCCCAAAGUUCAUUAUAUUGUUCAUAUCCCUUUGUGUCCUCAUAGCUUAGCUCCCACUUAUAACUGAGAACAUAUGAUAUAUUCAUAUGGAUCUUAUGUAUGUUGGUGGAACAUACAAACAAGCCCAGGUUUUUCAUUCCUGAGUUACUUCACCUAGAGUAAUGGCCUCCAGUUCCAUCCAAGUUGCUACAAAAGACAUUAUUUGGUUCCUUUUUAUGGAUAAGUAGUAUUCCAUGGUGUAUAUAUACCACAAUCUUUAUCCACUCAUUGAUUGAUGGGCACUUAGGUUGGUUCCAUGCCUUUGUAAUUGCUAAUUAUGUUGCUAUAAACAUGCAGGUGUAUGUGUCUUUUUCACAUAAUGACUUUUUUUCCUUUGGAUAGAUACCCAGUAGUGGAACUGCUGAACUGAAAGGUAGUUCUACUUUUAGUUCUUUUUUUUUUUUUUUUUUUAAGACAGAGUCUCACUCUGUUGCCCAGGCUGGAGUGCAAUGGUGCGAUCUCAUCUCACUGCAACCUCCGCCUCCCAGGUUCAAGCGAUUCUCCUGCCUCAACCUCCUGAGUAGCUACAGGCACCUGCCACCACACCCAGCUAAUUCUUGUAUUUUUAGUAGAGACAGGGUUUCACCAUGUUGGCCAGGCUGGUCUUGAACUCCUGACCUCAGGUGAUACGUCCACCUCGGCCUCCCAAAGUGCUGGGAUUACAGGUGUGAGCCACUGUGCCUGACCUUCUAGUUCUUUAAGAUACCACUUUUUAAAAAAUCUAGUCCUCCAUUGAUGGACACGUAGGUUGAUUCCAUAUCUUUGCUAAUGUGAAUAGUGCCGUAAUAAACAUGGGGGUGUAAGUUAACAAUUAAUCUCCAAGUAAUUUCCUUGAUGGCACUUCUGUCCUAUGUGCUGUUCAAAAAUUGUGUCCUUGGUCAUCGUUCUUAAUUCUCCAUUAGUGAGUUCUGAACUUGGGUUUGCAGCAUUGGCUGUAGCUUUGUUAUCUCAAGUGGUGACACAGAGUUCUUAAGCUAUUGUUCACCGACUUUAUUUCUAUGUGUUUGCAUGUGGAUUUUGUUGUUUGUGUGUUGGAUCAUGAACAGAUCAACAGUGUUUAUUUGUUUUCCUACUGGAUGAAGUAUGAUUAAAAUACAUAUUUAAAUAUA